AUCUAUGCAUGUAUGUGGCAUAUGGCGAGAAGAUAUUUUGUAGGAUUUUCGCGGUUGUGAAGCAAAGUAUAGAAGGCGGUUUGAAAAUUCUGAAAUUCUCUUUCUCUCUCUGUCUGCCUCCACUCAAUUUAGCAGACUUUUAAGAUAUUUUCACUGCACAACUUAAGACUCAGCAUGAGGUCUUCUUCCUCCUCCUCUUCUUCUUCUUACUUUUCUAGCGUUCAAUUAGGGUUUUGGUGUGGUGUUUUUGAUUAAUGCAGCAGAAGCAAAUUGAUUGAGAAUGGGUGAAGUGGCGGGUGAGAAGGGUGUGAUGCAGACUCAGGAGGAACAGAGCAACAAUGCCUCCAUGGUUCGGUGGGAACGUUUUCUGCCUCGCAUGGUGCUUCGGGUGUUGCUUGUGGAAGCUGAUGAUUCUACUCGACAGAUCAUUGCUGCGCUUCUCCGUAAAUGCAGUUACAAAGUUGCCACAGCUUGUGAUGGCCUAAAGGCAUGGGAGACAUUGAAGAACAAAGCAUCUGACAUAGAUCUCAUAUUAACUGAAGUGGAUUUGCCAUCAAUAUCUGGAUUUUCACUUCUUAGUUUAAUCAUGGAGCAUGACGUUUGCAAAAACAUUCCCGUCAUAAUGAUGUCUUCUCACGAUUCAGUUAGCAUGGUGUUCAGAUGCAUGUUAAAAGGUGCAGCUGAUUUUCUUAUAAAACCUGUUCGCAAGAAUGAGCUAAGAAACUUGUGGCAGCAUGUGUGGAGAAGGCAUGUCAUUGAACUUGGUUUUGCUGCAGAAAAUCAUGCUGCUAGCAAUGAUUCUAGCGGUUCUGUGGCUUCUACACCAAAAAAUAAUGAAUGCAGCGAGAAAACAAGUGAGGUUCAAGAUGUUUCACAGCUGAAGAGUUCUUCAAAUUUGAGCGAUGGCACAAUUAAGCAUGACAACUCUACAAAAUGUGAAAGGGAAUCAGAUAAGCAUAAUGACAAAGCUGGAGCCAAAUCAAUAUUUAUAUCAGAAGAUGAAGGGUGCGACAAAACUUUUAAACCAACAGGCUUAAGGCCAGGUCAAGGAUAUGAUUUCGGUGAAAUAAGAAAUCAAGAUGAACUUCUAAGAAUAGAGUUGAGCAAAGCCAAUCCUGCAAUUAGUGUUGAUAUUCGUGGGUGCAUUGAUGAAUUGGAAGGUCCGUCUACUGGGGCCAUUGACUUGAUUGGUACAUUCAAUACACUUCCAGAGAGCACUGAUGAAAAAUGUAGUGUCAGUAGUGGUAACGUUUCCAAGUUUGACUUUGAUACACAACUGGAACUUUCUAUAAGAAGAUAUUUUCCCGGAGGCUCGUACAAAGCUGUAUUUGAGGAAAGGCAAAUAUUGAACCAUUCAAAUGCUUCUGCCUUUUCUAGGUAUGGUAGUAGUAAAUUGUUGCAGCCCCUUUGUCCAACACCAUCAACUAUCUCUGCAAAAUUAACAAACGUUAGUCAUGAUUCUCAGAAAUCUCCUAAGUUAUUUGAAAAUGCAACUACUUCUCAUCAUUGUGGUGAAAAAGAUCAAAUUAAGGAGAAAAUCACCACUCCAGAUAUUGGUCAAUCUGGACAAGUUGAUCCAAAAUUACCGAACAGUCAACUUGUAUUCUUUCCUGCUAAUGGGGUUACUUAUGAUCACAAAUCAACUGGAAAUGGAAAUGUCUUCCCUUCUAUGCUUUAUUCUCAAUCAGGUGUCCAUACCAUAUGGACUCCAAAAUCAUUGUUCCAGAAAGAGAGUUCUCCGUUUCCCACUAGUACUUCCUCCCAGUCUAAUCCUCAAAGUCGGAACUCAAAACAUCAUCACUGCUCUGACGAUGCAACCCAUGAUUCAAUUCAAAAUGUAAAUGACCAAAGCCAUUUGGAUUUUGAGACACAGGACUCUCCUGCUGCUAGUCAGACUGCUGAUACUGCCCUUUACCAUGAUACAACAAAUCAUAAUUGUAGUGGUGUAUACAGAAGCAUAGGCUGCACAAGUGAUGGAAAUACUACUUCAGCCAAGGUAGCCAAGGACAACCACGAAAGUUUCACUGAUAUUGGUCACUUCAGUCAUGAUGGAUUCAUAGGGACAGAUUCUCAUCGCACCAGCCAACGAGAAGCAGCUCUAACAAAGUUUCGACUUAAGCGGAAAGACAGAUGCUAUGAGAAAAAGGUCCGAUAUCAAAGCCGGAAGAGAUUGGCAGAGCAGCGCCCUCGGGUGAAAGGGCAAUUUGUUCGCCAAGUAGACAGUGGUCAUCCGGUAUCAGAUCUGGGUGGUGAUUCCUGAAAUUAUUUUCUUAUGGCUUCUUGAAAUUACCUUCAUCACUGAAUUAAAAUUUGACUUCCAGAACUGAUUUGCCUCUCUCGACAAGGAUUAACUAUAGGUGUAGUGUGUCUGGUGAAAUAUGUUACCUUUUAGCGUUGUUAGUAUUUUCUUAUGACUGGUCAUCUUGGUUGUCUUUUAGAAUGUAGAAUUGUAAUUAUUUAGUAGGAUUGGUUUGAAAUUUUGAUUUUACCUCGUGUAUAUGUUUCUCAAUUGAAUGCUAGUAUAGGGUUAUCCUUAUAUAGGCAGUGGUAGUAUGCUUUCAUCUUAAAGGGUUGAAAUAAGAUGUAAAAUGGAGUUAUAUUUUAUAUGGAUUGUAAUCUUUCUUUAA